AUGCAAGGGUCAAUUGGGGUGAAAGUUUCAUACUGUGAAUAUGGAAAGUCCUCAGACUAUGUCUGGGUAGAACUAUUUGAUCUAUCAGUAACAUACUUGUCUUGGUUCUGGGCAGAGUCACCACAAAAGACGACACAAUGGGAGAGAUCACCACAUCAGAAAAAGCCAAAACCACAGGAAAGACCAAAACCAGAGAUACUAGCCUAUGUUAGUUUUAAUAAUGUUAAAGAUUACCAAAAACUCCAAGACGAAAGACGACACCACAGGAGAGUUAAACACAUCAGAAAAAAACCAAAGACCAAACCAUUAAUACUAGCAAAUAUCACGCCGGUAUUUGGGGAUGAGACCUUCUUAGAGGACUACAAAAUCCCUAAUUUCACCUCUGGAUACCUUGUUUUACCUUUAAGUUUUUUUCACUUUUUGUGUUGUAUAUUGGCUGCCACCUUUCUGUUAAAGUUACCAGUAGAAUACAACGCAUGCUUGUUUCUUUGA